AUGACACGCACGGUGAUCUACAACGCGAGUAUCCUCACUCUGGACAAUGAUGAUAGCUUCUAUUAUCCGGGGACAGUCGAGAUUGAAGAUGAUCGAAUAUCGAAAGUCUAUAGUGGCAAUCCGGGCAACGAGAUACUAAGCGACUCCUCCAUUACACUUUUAGAUGGCACGGACAAAUUGGUCAUGCCCGGUCUUGUGGACCUACACUUCCACACCUCCGUCGCAAAGGGUUUUGGAGAUGAGCUUCCUUUAAAGGAGUACUUGGAAGAGGUCUGGUACCCGAGUGUUAGGGCUCUCAACAAAGAAAGAGCGUUCACGGGGGCGAUGCACUCCUACUGCACCGCCAUCAAGUCCGGAACUACUACGGUGAACGACAUGUAUCGAUUUGUAGGAUCUCUCGCAGACGCCGCCAGCAAGAUUGGCAUUCGAGCCGUACUCAGCAACGAGGUGGCGCUUCCCGAGUACAAGCUUGAUCUCAUUGAAGAUAACGAGACAUCGUUUCAAGAAAACAACGACAGGGAAUCGGGACGUGUCAGGGUAUGGGUGGGCCAUGAAUGGAUGUGCACCUCAGAUCUGGAACUAAUGGCCCAAGUGGGAAAGAUGAAGAAGAGACUGGGCACAGGACUUCACAUCCAUCUCUGCGAGUCGGAGCAGGAAGUCCAAGAUAUUCAAGCCAAGUUUGGCAAAACACCAGUCGAGAUUGCUUAUGAGUCCGGCUGCUUAGGCCCAGACACUGUUGCUGCACAUUGUGUGCACCUGACGGACAACGACAUUGCAUUACUUGCGAAGACAGGUACUUCAGUGUCUUACGACCCAGGCUCAAAUGCCAAGCUCGGCAACGGGAUUGUACGACUACAAGAUCUGCAAGCUGCAGGCGUUAAUGUUGGAAUGGGAAUUGAUGCAUUCGAGUGCGAGAACAGCCCUGACAUGUUUGAAUUGAUGAAGUUCGGCUCACUCAUCCAACGCGGCCUACACAAAGAUGCAUCAUUGGGGAAACCUCCGAACAUCCUACGAAUGGCGACGAAAAACGGCUGCAAAGCGCUCGGUAUUGAUGCCGGCGCAGUCCACCCCGGGAAGAAGGCCGACAUUAUCGUUGUAGAUCUCACUAAGAAUCAGAUGUUCACGCCGCUGCUGAAAGAUCCGCCAAAACGCAAGACGAUGCUGGAGAGUCACCUUGUGUUUGGGUGUAAUGGUUCCGCUGUUCAGCAUUCGAUCAUUGAUGGCAGAUUGGUAAUGAAGGAUUUCAAGGUCUUGGCUGUCGAUGAGGAGAAGUUGCGAAAGGAGAUGGAUGCUAUGUUCGAGGACAUCUCAGAAGACAUGAAGUCGUUAGUUACGAUGGAUGAGAUCGAUAUCUCCAUCUAUGGGCCAGUAUUAGAAUUCACAGUGGAGUCCAAAGGACAAUGA